UUUUAAUGCUUUAGACAGUUAUUAAUUUUUUCAAAAUUUCAAGUUUUCUUUUCUAAUAAAAUUGUUCAUAAUGGAAACAUUCACACUCAACAAACUGCCUGCAGUCGCAAAACCAGUUUCUUUUGUGCCACCGCCCUACUGUAGAAAUGCUCAGAGAAAAGAAGUCGUACGUGCACAGGAAAAACUGCUUUCUUUGAAGCUUAGAGUUUCAAAUCCAUCUAAGUUGUUAUUACUAUGUGAAACACUUACGGAUAACUCAAGUAAAGCCCUUGAAGUUAAGCUCAAUACCUACUUAAUGGAAGAAUCGGAAAGUAAAGCAGUAUUUUUGCUGCACUUGCAUCCUUCCUCCCAAGAGACCUUUAUUCAAACGCUUGGAAAAAAUGAACUGGAAACUUCUCAGCGAUUUUCACUGUCAAGCGAAACUGUGUCUCAAAUCAUUCAGCAUGAAAACAAAACUUUAAAAUGGGAUGAAAAUAUAAACUCAGAAAUUCUAGCAGUGUUUACUGAAAUGUUCGAUGAUAUACAUUACAGAAUUACAGUCGUUCCCAUAGUGAAGAAACAAAACUUUUAUCCCUGUUCAAUCCAGAAUUUGAAACCCACGCUCUUGACUUGUUUUCUCGACAGUGGGAAAAAUGAGGAUUAUCUCAUAAAUCUAGCAGAGGAAUUGUUCAAGUAUUGUUUGCCAGUUUUAUUAAAUAUUAUGUCAUCCGAAGAAGAGAUCAGGAAAAGAAUCCAAUACCAGUCAUUAUUGGCAGUAAUUCGAAACUUACUUUUGUCGGUGGAAGAUAUUAAUGGACUAAUUAAAACAAUGACUGAGGAAGCAAGAAAAAUAACAAAUUCAAAACACUGUACACUGUUUUUAAAUAAUGCAGGUCGAGUGGAUUUAAUUUCAAAAGUGUUUACUACGUUUUCCAGUAGUAAUAUUCGUGCAAGUAUCAAGUCUGCAGAGGACCAUAUUAUACCUGAUCACGUGGCAACGACAGGAAAACUCAUGAAUCUGCAGCAGGGCUGUGAAAUUGAUUUAAUUGAUAAAAAUUUGAUUGAAUAUACAGGAUUUGAAACUAGAAAUAUUUUAUGUUUUCCAAUUAAGGAUGAAAAUGGAAUAAUGGGUGCUGUGCAACUUUGCAAUAAAAGAAACGGCAAUUUCAAUUCCUAUGAUGAAGAAAUCGUGAACAUUUUAAGUUUCUUCUAUGGGGAAUUAAUCACACACACUAUUAAAUUUGUACAGGGAGAAAAUUUUAAAGUUCGAAACCACUUAUCCAACGAAUUGAUGAUUUAUCAAAUUCACGUAGAAGAAAUAGAAGUCGAAAAGAAGUUAACUUGUCCUCUCAUCCACUGGUACCCAAACUUUGAUCAGUUUAGUUUUUCUCCUCGAACAAUUGUACCGACGGAAACUACCUGUUUCGUAAUGAAAAUGUUUCAAGAUCUCGGAUUUUGUAAAACUUUUUCAAUUGAGAAGAGUAUUUUUCUUCGAUUUGUCUUCCAUAUCAAAAAUGGAUGUCGCAAUAUACGUUACCACAACUGGAAACACCUGUUUUCCACCGCUCACUUUGCGUACUUAUGCUUGAAAAAUCUGCAAUUGAUGGAAAAAGCCUAUAUAACCCAUUUGGAAGCGUUGGCAUAUUUUAUUUCGUGUUUAUGUCACGAUGUGGAUUACAGAGGAAUAACAAAUCCUUUUCAUCGAGAAGCUAAUAAUAUUUUAGCAAGCUUAUAUUCUAGUUAUGGUUCGAUUAUGGAAAGACAUCGCUUAUCGCAGCUUCUUCGAAUUCUGAACACAGAAGGAUGCAAUUUUUUGGAAACGCUUGAAAAAGAAAAAUAUGCAUUGUUUUUAAAUUUGUUGAAAGAUUUUGUGCUUUCUGUGGAUCUAGCCACCCAUUUCAAGUUCUAUAAGAGACAGUACAAAAUGAUUUACGGUGGGUAUAAUAAAAAUAAUCCCGAACACCGAUAUGUCUUCGUUGGUCUUUUGGUCACAUGCGCAGACUUGUCUGAUCAUACAAAGGAUUGGUCAGUUGUCAAAAAUGUGGCUCUAGAUCUAUACGAGGAACUACUUGCGGAGCAGAACAUCACACAAGACAUAUCUGCGAAAGAAAUGGAAUCGUUUCCGUUACCUGAUUUUCAAAUUGAAUUUUUAAAACAAGUGUGUUUACCCGUCUUCAAGUUACUGGGUGCAAUGUUUGUACCUUUAAAAGAACUUACAUAUAAGCUCAAAAAACACAUCCUCUACUGGGAAUGUUCGAAACAUAUAUUUCAAAAAGCAAUUAUAGAAGGUAUUCCGUGUGUUGAAAUGUUGCAAAGUGAGCAGUUCGAUGCCACAAUUGAGGCUACAGUCAAGCUGCUACAAAAAAAAUAAUAAGCAAUAUUAUAGGCCAAAAUACACGUAGUCGGAGCCGCCUUAAGAUGUUCUUUGUUCACAACCGAAGGAUUUGGGAAAGUUAAAAUCAAACAAUCACUAUUCUCCUUCAAGCGUUUUUAUGGUCUAUCAAGCGUACUGGUUGAAAACAAAAGUUUGGAGAUGGAGCAAGCCCAGUAAACCCCUUGCAGUUCGUAAUGCUUACACUCUUUUUUGUUACGACCGACAAAAUUCUAGCGUUUUUUAUACAAUUCCUGAUGCUGAAAGAAACUUAUCACACAUCAAGGAAGCCUGCUUUCAGUUUUCAAAAUUUAUUACUAUGGUUUCAUCUACGCAGAAACAUAAUUUUGAAUAUGUAAUUACUUACCGUUCACUCGACGGUAAGAAAUGAUCUCAUCGUCGUGUUAGCCGUAGCAACCAGUAAACAAGGCCUACUGCCCUGGAAACAUACCCCUGAGUAAAAGAAAAAUAUAAGAUUUUCGACUUUGUUGUUUCGUGAGACGAUCGACUGAUAAGCACUGAAAAGUUUUAAGUGGUGAAUUCGACGGCUAGAACCAGUGCAAUGCGGGAUAAAACUCUAGGUUUGCAGUGGAAGACCACGGCGCGGCGGUGUGAAUAUUAACUAGGUAGCUAUUCCAAAGUAAUAUGAGCACUGAUGACCAGUGAUGAACACCUUCUCGAAUCUAAUAAAGAGAUUAAAGACACUGUAUUGGCGAAAUGCUGAACACUUACUAUGUAGGCCACACUGAUUUUUGGAACAGAAUUUUUAUUGACUCUUUUAUUUUU